AUGCUGACUGUGACCCUGCUGUUUCUCACAUCGACUCUGUAAAGCAUGAUAUUUGAGGGAUAUUUCUCUACUGGAGCCUAGUCUUCUUUUCACAGAGAACAUGAAUGAGAUCAAGAUUGCUGUACUGGGAAGUGAAGGGGUCGGGAAAUCAGCUCUGAUCGUCCGUUUCCUCACCCGGCGCUUUAUUGGCGAGUACGCUUCCUCUUCAGAGUGCAUGUACAGCAAGCGUCUGUCUGUGGAUGGGAGGCAGAUUAGUCUGGAGCUCUAUGAGCCCUGCUCUCGGGCCUGUGAGGGUAAGUCUACUUUAAAUGCCCAGAUCCACUGGGCUGAUGGUUUCAUUGUGGUCUACGAUAUCAGUGACCAUUCCUCCUUCCUCACUGCCAAAGCCAUAGUGCACCUGAUCAGAGAUCUACACCUGGGAACUGCCAAAAGGGAUGUAGAGUCUAUUAUAUUUUUGGUGGGCAACAAACAGGACCUGUGCCACAUGAGAGAGGUGCGGUAUGAAGAAGGUCAGUGUCUGGCUGUCGAGUUUCACUGCCAGUUCUACGAGAUGUCAGCAGCUGAGCACUACCAGGAGGUGGCGCUCAUAUUCUCCAAGAUGGUGCAGAAUGCCAAACUUGGCAGCAAGGCCAAGGAGCGCAGGAGACGCCCUAGUGGCUCUAAGUCCAUGGCCAAACUCAUCAACAAUGUCUUCGGCAAGAGGAGGAAAUCAGUGUGAUGUGUUAAAAACAAGAACAGCUGCCAGUCAGAGCUGUACCAGUGCCGCUGAACUGAGACAAACCCCUGGCUAGGCUUUGUCUCUUUUAUUAUGUUUAGUGUUGUUAUUGAUUAGCAUUGAGAUGUCUGUGUGUGAAGUGGUGUUAUUAUGACACAGUAAUACAGUAGUACAUAGCACCUAUCUUCCUUUGCUCCCUGCUUACUUCCACUAUUUCAUGCUUUUGCUCUUUGAGAUCAUUGGAAGCCUUUCAUGAGAAACAUGUCCUGAAGCAUUAUUUCAGCUAAAACUACCAACUCAAAGAAAAUGUUGAAAAGUUGGUGAAAUUUAAUUCUAGAUAAACAAAGGUAAGCUUUACUGUAUGACUUGCUGUAUUAAAUCUGUCUUAUAUGACUCAAGAGGGAUCACUCUUUUGAUGUGUAUUGUAUUAGUGUGACUUGUGUCACAUGAGAAAAGUGAGGACUGUUGGAACUGCCGUGGUAUUGAUUUUUACCUUACCUUCCUUACCGCACAAAUUAGUGUAGCCAUUCAAACUGUCAUGGCAACCACCAUCAAAAAAAUAGUUUAAACCUCAGAUGUUAUAAAAUAAUUGAUUCCUAAAUAACAUAUUUGCCCAAAUAUAUACCAACCCUGAUUGUAUGAUGACAC